CUCCCCUUUAGACUCACCAAUACACCACCCUCUCGAUGAUUCGCCGGUCACUUGCUGCUGCGAGACCUUCUUUGCCUCUCUGCUCGAUAUCCAGAGCAGCUGGAAGCAUCGUAUCUGCUCGCUCAGCUCAUAGUGGCGCCUCACAGUCGCCCAAGCAGCUCGCAGCUCUGGCACCGAAGCGCUCGCAGACCACCAGCCGCAAAGCUUCCACGCUUCCCUAUACACACUCCCCGACUGCUCCUCCUCCUCCGCCUACAGCUUCGACACCUUCAUCGGUACUCACGCAUCCUGCUAUACCCGAUCUGAAGAUCACACUCGGAUCGACCAGUAUCAGCAUUGUAUCUCCCUCGUACGGCAUCAGCAAGCCCUUCGAGCUUGACCAUACCUGGCUACGGGACUCCUGCCAGGAGGUCGGCAGCUCGCUGCAGGAGGGGACGGGUCAGAAGCUAUGGGAGACCAGUGAUGUGCCGAUCGUCAGCCAAAAGGGUGUCAAAGGUGGUCUGCUCGAUGAAAACAAGCCUCCCACGCUCACCACAGAUUAUGCUGCCUCAGACGUCGUACUAGAACUCACAUACAGGGCUGAGCAUCACGUUCAGAAUGCCUUCUCAGUCACCUUUUCCCCAGUACCGCCAAAGUCACCUACAACGCCUCACGUCUCACGACUGCCCCUGUCUCUCCUCCUUUCCCAUGCAAGUGCUUCGCUCUAUCGUGAAGAGUACCAUCUGGACCCCGCCGGAGCUCCCAAGCCAUGGCUUGGUAGCGAUUUGACUUCGUUCCCGGGCACGAUGCUUCGGCCUCCCCGGUCUGACGAAGUGCAGCCAGCACCUCUGGACACGGGUGCUGCUUUCGCUCGACCCUCGAGAGUGCAAUGGGCCUCCCUGGUGGACUCAGCUGCCGAUCACACAGAAGCCCGGUGGGCCUUGGCCAAGGGUCUGGUGGAAGACGGCAUCGCCUUCGUGACUGGGCUGCCCACCAACAACAAGACGAGCUGCGAGCUACCCACCCCUUCCAAUGCUUCCAGCACGCCUCACUUGGCUUACCUGGCCCACCUCCUAGGCGAGAUCCGACAUACCUUCUACGGACCCCUCUGGGACGUGCGGUCCCUCCCCUCUUCCAAGUCCAAGAACAUUGCAUACACAAACGUCGAUCUCGGCUUCCACAUGGACCUCCUCUACUUUCAGAAUCCACCCCGGUUUCAAUUCCUGCACAUGCUCAGAAAUGAGGUCAAGGGUGGGCAGAGCGUAUUCGUCGAUAGCUUUAAAAUUGCAGAGAGGAUAUGGGAGGAGGACAAAGAAGCAUGGGAGCUGCUGUCGAAGGUCCCCAUCUCGUAUCACUACCAGAACGACGGGCGUCACUACCGCUACUCGCACCCUGUCUUUGAGGUCCCGUCCGAAUCUUCAGGACAUGCGGGCCCUUCGUUCUCUGCACCUCCUGUCAGCUCUACCUCAACAAUCAGUACCCCCGCGACCGCCUCUAUCCCAAGCAGCAGCAACGCAGGCAUUCCAGCCGCCAUGCCCCGCCUAACAGCAGUCAACUACUCUCCGCCCUUCCAAUCUCCCCUUCCCCUCCCCUCACAUCCGCUACUAGCAGACAUGGUCACCCGCAACAAGUUCUACCAAGCUCUGGCCCUCUUCUCGCGUCUCACCCUCUCACCCGAAUUCAGAUACCAGCGUCAGCUCGCAGAGGGGGAAUGCGUCCUCUUUGACAAUAGACGGGUGCUGCAUAGUCGACUUGGCUUUGAGUUUACCGAUACGGAGGGAGAGGGAGAGGAUAAGAUCAAGAGGUGGUUGAAGGGGUGUUAUGUAGAUGGAGAUGCCAUCUGGAGCUCGUAUAGGGUGCUGAAGAGGGGCAGGAAGGGACAGGAAGAAGAGUCGUGACUGCAGGAGCAGUAGGCCGUGGCACUGCUUAGUCUAACUGUGGCCUGAUCGCUCUUGUCAAUACAUCGCUGCCAUCGCCCCCUGUCCAUGUCUUUGGCUUGUUCACACUGUCUCGUCCUUUCGUCUCUGCAAGUAUGACCUGGCAAUACCUGAUGUGGCAGACCAUGAAAGAAUGCUAUCGGAAUGUCAUGCAAUUGCUAAGCAAGACAAGAGCCGACGAAUCUAGAAU